AGUAAUUGACAAAAAAAAACAUGAACGAAGAUUAUAUAAAGUGGGAUGUGCACGCAACAACUGACGUCUCAACACCUCAUCUUGACUUUGACGACCCACUGUCUCGAUAUAGUGAAGAGAAUGGCUUUUACCCUUAUGAUACUACUACUACUACUACUACUACUACUACUACUACUAAUACUACUACUACUACUGCUACUGCGCCUAUAGCGACUGAGAGUACAGCGAAUUCUCUUCCUCCCAUUAUCCCUUCCUCUUCGCCUAUUCUUGACUCGUCUGACUCAUUUAUAGUCACCAAUAAUACACCUUCUCCACAACCAAAGGCACCUUUUGUAGCUCCUAAGUCAAAGCCAGUUACUAUGGAGACUGUGGAAGUACUUCCAAUGACCAUUGCUAUCAGUGAUCCUCAGAAGCAUCAUGAUCCUCAAGGAGCUUUUAUUAUGUAUCUUUUGACUACCAAGACAGAAGUAGAAACAUUUAACUCAACCAAUCCAAGACCAGUCAGACGCCGAUACCAAGACUUUCUUUGGUUACAUAGAGCGCUAAGUCUAGAACAUCCUGCUUGUAUUAUUCCUCCUUUACCAGAAAAGCAUCGCUUAGAAUACAUCAAAGGCGAUAGAUUUAGUUCGGAAUUUAUCUCGAGACGAUUGUUGAGUUUGCAGUGGUUCCUAGACAGAAUAGCAAGACACCCUUUGUUACAGAAGUCACAAUCUACUCGUAUCUUUUUAGAAUCCAAUGAUUUUAGAACCGAUAAACGAGCUCAAAUGGCACAUAUCCCAACUUCAUCUUCUUUACUUGACUCUAUCAGUGAUACACUAGUCAAUGCAUUCGCAAAACUAAAGAAGCCAGAUGAGCGAUUUGAAUCUAUGAAAGAAAAUAUCAAUCGAUUGGAAGAAGAUCUGAAUACAGUAGAAAGACUUUAUAUGCGGAUCAAUAAAAGACAACAAGAUCUACAGAAUGAUUAUAUUAGUUUUGCAAACAGCGUUCAAGGCCUCUCUGCCCUAGAGACAAAUAUCACAUAUUCACUUUCUCAAUUUGCCGAAGCUUCAAGAGCAUAUUCUAAAGCCAUGAAAGAAAUGACAGAAAAAGAAGAACUUCAAUUCUUGAACGAAAUUCAUGAAUUACUGGCUUAUUGCUAUGCAGCCAAGGAUGUUUUGAAAGCAAGAGAUCAGAAACAAUUGGAUUUUGAAGAACUGUCUGUGUAUUUACAACAAACAGAAUUACUUCGUGAAAGAACACAGUUUCCUGGUCGCAAAUUCAAUGAUCGUGGUGUAGGUGUAGGCGGCAUGUAUAUUACAGACUAUGUGACCGACAAGCUGAAUGAAGUACGUGGUGUUAAUAUGGAGAAAGCAAAGCGCGAUAAACUGAAGCGACUUGAGAUACGAAUCAAAGAGUUACAGGAGGAAGUAGCUAGAGCAAAUGAUGAGUCCAGUGCUUUCUCGAAUCAAGUCAUGAAGGAAUAUGAUAUCUUUCAAAAGACAAGAAUGGUGGAAUUAAAACAAGGUUUGUUGGCGUACACAGAUUGCCAUGUUGAGUUCUAUAAGAAAGGUACUGCGAUAUGGGAAAAGAUUUUACCUGUCUUGGAGCGCAUUGAUGGCGCGAAAGGCGAUGGUGAAUUACCCUUCAAUUUAAUAUGAUACCUUCCCUCUGUAAAUAUUCUAAACGAAUAAAGAUUACCACUUUCCUUAUUUGAUAGAAAUUGUCACGAUAAAAGCAAGACUAGUUUCAAUGAUUGUAAACAUACACAGUGACCAAAAAUUAUCUUACAUAAAAUAAUAAUUUCUACCCC